CAAAUAGUGCCAAACACCAGCGCAUACAACAGUUGGUGACAUACGAACUAUUGCAAAUCUGGAUGCAAGUGACGAGAUGAUUGCCAUUGCAGAGCCUCCACAGGAAUUUGUUCCUCGUGGACGUCAAGCGGCAGAGGAACAUCCGGGACCCAGUGAUGCACCCUUGCCCAAAUAUUUGCCCGCCGAGCAUGUGCUGCUGCAACGUUUACAAAAUGUCAACAUAUCCGAAGCCGCCGAUGAAGCGCAGGAGUUCUGGUGUAUACGUGAAAUUUACGAUGACUACGAGGCCAGCUAUAGUCGUAGCCAAAAGCGUCAGCAUUUGCUUGAGCAGACCAAGAAAUGUGGACCCAAUGCUGCGGCAGCAACGCAGCUAAUCUCGCUGCCACAGGAUAUAUUGCAGAAUAGUCCAACAAAUCGCGAGGAGCCCAUGUGUGAUUACAUAGUGAACAACGAGGAGGAGCUAUAUGUGCACAAGAAUACAGUAGUAUGGACACAAGGACGCAACGAUGAUGAAGACGAUGGCGUUUAUAAGCGCAGCUGCUUCACCUGCGAUACGCCUGUGAAAUUUGCCUGUUUCCUCAAUCGGCAAUUUGUGCGCGGCGGGCUGGCGCAGCUGAAAGCAGCACUACAGCCGGAUGAAGACAACUUGACGGCCAUUUGUGUGGUAGAUCAGGAUGCGAUGCGUGUGUACUGCAGCGAUGGCGAGGAUUAUUUAGCCAAUCUAGACUUUCCCGUAUCGCAGAUUUGGCAAACAAAGUUUGGACUGCUGCUGGAAAAAGAUUCGAAUAAUGCAACACUCUCACAUCUAAGCAUACCCAUGCCCAGACUGUUUAGCAUGUCGCAUCCGCUGCAUGAGGUUUGCCCCGUGGUGCUGAAGACAGCAAACAAUCCCGCCGUGUACAUGACCGAGCCGGAGUACAGCGUGGUGUUUACAGCCGAGGACUCGGAUCUGGUGCUGCUAUAUGAUGCUAAAUUUCAUAAGCAUUUUGCAGCGCGUCUGCGCAAAGUAUUACCCGAGGAGGUGAACCAUGUGCAGCAGCAAUAUACACAGGAUACGCUCAAUCAAACGCUGCUCAAUCAACGCUAUCCGAACAGUCCGCUUAGCUUUGUGAGCAGGCAUCAGCAAACGGGCACCACACCCAAGCUGUCGACGUCGUUCUUUACGCGCAAUGAGACGACAACAAAUUCACAGAAUCUCUCGCGUCUGGGCAUUAGUCAAACGCAACCCUUUGGCGGCAUCUUAUCGCAGUCGCACAGUCGGGCCACAGGCCUGGGCACACCGCUCAGUCAGCUGCAGCAGAGCAUUAGCCAGCAGUCGCUUUCGAUUAAGGAUAUGCGCAAGCCAACGGAUGUGAAGCCCGCCAAGCCGAUUGAGCCGGAACUCUGCUUGGAGUACCUGUGGACGGAGAACACGUUCGGCACUCCACGUGAGUAUUGCGAAAUGGCCACGCGCGCCUUUGUGCACACCGAUCUGGUGGGUCAGACCUAUCUGUGCUAUUUGCAAGCACGCUCCAGUCGCCUGCAAAUGGUGCUGCUCAGUGGCUACAAUACGGACGAGCUGCAGUUGUCCACGCUGCCCAGCACGUUGCCGGCAAUGGAUGCAGUGGGGCUGAAGCGUUUGCAUAUGAUUGUAAUACUCGAUCCCAGCGGCAGUCUAAUGGUUUACACUGGCACUGUGCUCAUCUCGAAGGUGCACAUAACGCCGCUCAUUGCUACGCCCAAUCUGUAUCCAAACUCCGCCAUGCAAGGCACACUGCCACAUCAUUUGCCGGCAACGCCAACGCUGCUGCCCACGCUGACGCUGAAGCCGGGCAGCUCGUUUGGCGAAGUGCGUCGCAGCAGUUUGCUGCCCACCAAGGCGGCCUCCGAUCUGAGCGCGUUCGAUGAGGAACUGGAGCUGCAUAUGCUCUCGCCCAUACAGCCGCAGCCCAUGUCCUAUAGCCAGCGCCAGGCGCACAACACCAUCAAAGGAUUGCGCGAUGCCGCAGGCAAUCGUCUGACUUUGGUCUAUGCCACUGGACGCAUGUUGCGCAUAUCGCUGCCGCUGCUCAACGAUACGCGGCUGAUUACACGCUGCAUAGCAACGCUGCGUCAGGUGCUGGAUCCCUCGCAGUUUCUGCAUUUCAUCAUACGCUGGUAUAGCGCAAGACAUCCGCCUGGCUCGCGGGACUACAGCAUUGAGCAGGAGUGGCAGCUGUUCCGCAACACCAUGAUGAGCUUGAUGGGCUGCACCAUAGCGAGCACAUUCCCGCGACCCGAUACGGAUGAUUCGUAUGCGCGCUGUGCGACGCCGCCGUUUCAUCAUUUUGGGCAAAAUUGCCAUGGCCAUGGCAUGGAGGAGCCAAAGAAGCGUCGCCGCUGCCAUGAGUAUAUGGGGUAUAGCGAUGACGAUUGGGAGUUUAUGCUGCUGCAUAGCAGCACACUGAUGCACUGCAUCAACGAUUCGAAUACUACCUACAAUGUGGAUGUGACUGCGCCGCUGUUUCGCAUCAUGCCCGCCAUAUUCUUUGGACUGCAUCUGCUCUACGAGGAUCUCAAGCUGGAUUCGGUCUACGAAAGCUGCCUCAGCUAUGUGGCGACGUUUCUGCAUCAGCUGGCCAUCGAUAUGCAGCUGGUCACCUAUGUGCUGCACUAUCAGCUGGACUUUCCGGAGCUGGCGCACAAGGUGAGCAAGCUGAGCAUGCUGAGCCAUGAGCAUGGCGCACUGAUGCUCUACCAGGAGCUGCUGCGCAUACCCGCGCCCAGCAUCUACGCACAGCUGGAGCAUGUGCUGCUGGGACGCGAACAGGUGACGCCCUAUUGCUAUCUGGAGUGUGUGAACGAGCGCAGUCGCAAUCUCAUACAGCUCGUAUCGCUGGUAAUGCAUGGACACCACAAGCUGAAGCAAUGGUGGCAGCUGCUCGAGGUGUUCGGCUCCGUUCAGGCCAACUAUGGGAAGCGGAACAAGCGCAGCAUAACGGCCACAGCGCCGCGUUGUCAUCAGCUGCUGGAGCUGCUGCUGUGCAUGCAGUUCACGCGACGCGACAUUGAGCGUUUGCCGGCUGCAGUGCAUCUGGUGCUGGCGGAGGCAUUGGAGCAGGCGCGUCUAACGCCGCCCAUUGGCUGCAGCAUGGCCACGUAUGAGUUAAUACUGCGUCCGGAGCUGGCGGCGCAUGCGCAGCUGCCGUUUAUGGCUGCCACGCCGGGCACACCGCACUGGGGGCGUGUGUACAAGGAGGACUCGCUGUCGCCGCGCGUUGGGCCGGACAACUUCAACUACGCCCUGGAUGAGCCAGACAAGCGCUACGAUGGCAUGGACAAUGUGGACACCAAGCUGCUGCGCCUGCGCUUUCCCGACGACAUGCGUGUGGAGGAAGUGCGUCGCCUGCUGAACAGCGCUGACCCGGUGGCCAUUGAGAUGACACAGUCGCCGGGCACCAGCGAUCACGAGUUCAUUGAGGAGCAGGAGAAGCAGCUGUUUGCGCUCUGCGCGCGCACCAUGACGCUGCCACUGGGGCGUGGCAUGUUCACGCUGCGCACCGCGCUGCCCAAGCCCAGCGAUCACAUCGAUAUGCCGACGCUGUGUCUGGAGGGGCGCGAGCCCAUCAAGGGCACCACCAUUGAGAUGCAGCAAAUCGAGUUUCCGGCCAAUAUGCAUAUGUGGCCUUCGUUUCACAAUGGCGUCGCCGCCGGCUUGACUGUGGCGCCGCAGGCGGAGGGCAUUGACUCCACCUGGAUUGUGUUCAACAAGCCCAAGGCGCAGGCAAAUAAUGCGGUGGGCCAUGCGGGCUUCCUCAUGGCGCUCGGUCUCAACGGGCAUCUCAAGUCGCUGUCCUUCAUGAGCAUCUACAAGUAUCUGGUGAACUGCGACGAAAUGACGGGCGUGGGCCUGCUGCUGGGCAUUUCGGCGGCGCAUCGCGGCAGCAUGGACACGAAGACGACCAAGCUGCUGAGCGUGCAUCUGGAGGCGCUGCUGCCGGCCACCGCCAUGGAGCUGGACAUACCGCAGAGCACACAGGUGGCCGCACUUAUGGGCAUUGGUUUGCUCUAUCAGGGCUCGGCCAAGCGGCACAUAGCCGAGGUGCUGCUGCAGGAGAUUGGACGGCCACCGGGUCCGGAAAUGGAGAAUAGCGUGGAGCGUGAAUCUUACGCCAUUACGGCGGGCUUGGCCCUGGGUCUGGUUACACUCGGGCAGGGUGAUUCGCCGGCGGGACUGCGUGAUCUGCAGCUGCCGGAUACGCUGCACUAUUAUAUGGUGGGCGGGGUGAAGCGGCCCAUUGGUGGCUCGCAGAAGGAAAAGUAUCGACUCGCCUCGUUCCAAGUGCGCGAGGGCGACAAUGUUAACAUUGAUGUCACCGCGCCGGGCGCCACGCUCGCCUUGGGUCUGAUGUUCUUCAACUCGAACAAUGCUGCGAUUGCGGAAUGGAUGCAGGCGCCGGACUCACGCUACCUGCUGGACAUGGUGCGUCCAGAUUUUCUGCUGCUGCGCACCAUAGCACGCGGUCUAAUACUCUGGGAAGAGGUGCAACCCGAUGCCGAUUGGUUCAUGGCGCAGUUUCCGCACACGCUACGCGUUCAUUUGCGUCUCAAUCGCGGCGAUGAGCCAAUGCCGCAACAGAAGUCGGCGCAGUCCGAGGAUAGCGACAUUGACUAUGAAGCUAUAACACAAGCGUAUUGCAACAUCUUGGCGGGCGCUGCUUUCUGCAUUGGACUCAAAUACGCCGGCACGGAGAAUCCGGUGGCCUUCAAGACACUGCGCACGGCCAUCAAGCAGUUCCUUGGCUUUCCCGGCACACCCAUGGGCGAGUGUGCGGGCCGCACCACAAUCGAAAGCUGCCUCAUGGUUCUGCUCAUUUCCAUCUCGCUGGUCUUUGCGGGCUCUGGCAAUUGUGAAAUUCUACGCAUUAUACGUUAUUUGAGAUCACGCGUCGGCCCGCAAUAUCCACAUGUCACCUAUGGCAGCCACAUGGCCAUACACAUGUCGCUGGGUCUGCUCUUCCUGGGCGCCGGUCGCUUCACCAUUGCCAAGACGCCCGAGUCCAUAGCGGCGCUCGUCUGCGCGUUCUUUCCCAAAUUUCCCAUACACAGCAAUGACAAUCGCUAUCAUCUGCAGGCGCUGCGUCAUCUCUAUGUGCUGGCCGUGGAGCCGCGUCUGUUUCUGCCGCGCGACAUAGACACGCAUCAGUUGUGUCUGUGCAACAUUUCGGUGCUGGAGGUGGGCGCCACAGAGCUGCGUCGUCUGCCCAUAGCGCCUUGCAUACUGCCCGAGCUGAGCACAUUGCAGCAAGUCAUCGUGGACGAUGAGAACUAUUGGCCAGUUUGCUUUGAGCGCACGCGCAAUUGGGCGCAGCUGGAGAAGGCGCUGGAGCUGUGCGCACCCAUUGAUAUUAAGAAACGCACGGGCUGCCUGUCGCAUCUCGAGGAUCCGGAUCGCUUGAAGAGCAUGCUGGCGCAGACGCUCACCAUGGAGCAGAGCAUUUGCUGGCAGGUGGUCGCGCAGGAUCUGCAGCAAUUUGCCAGCGAGCGUUUGGUCAAGCCUUUCAUCAGCCGCUUUCUGGACACCAAGGGCACCAACUUGAGCUACAACGAGCUGAGCAAGCGUCAUCAUCUGAUGCUGUUGUUCUACAAUGCGGUGGUCAAGGAUCGCAUGCACCUGCUGCCGGUCUAUCUAACGCUCUACGAUCAUGUCACCAAGCCCGUCAUACACAACACCGAUGUGUGGCAAGUGAAGCUCAUCGAUGCCUAUUUAACCAAAUGCAGCGAGAGCGCUCAUGCACUCAUUUCUGUGGAGCUGAUACAAAUGAUGCUGGAGAUGCUCAAGCUGCAGCUGGAGACGACCUUACAAGAGCUCUGUCUGCCGCUGCGUGAGUUUCUCUGCCAGAAGCAGCUGGAUCCGAACUAUGUGGCCAGCAUUUGUGCUCAGGAUCUGCAGCGCAUCCAUUGCGUCAUUAAUUAUUACAACUUUAUGCCGAAUAUGUUGAGCGAUGUGGAUCUGAGCGGCGCGCCUAUUAAUUAUUUUCGCAUUAUGCUCGAGUUUCGGCAUCUCGAUUUGAGUCCACAGACCAUCUUUGGAUUGCUCAAGCUGUUCCAGGCGCUCACACGUCAAAUAAUUGAAUAACAGUUACAGUUACUCAACUACGGUUGAACACAUACGUUAUUUGUUUAAUUACUAUUAAUUGCCAUUAUAUGAAUGUGUAAGUAUUACAAUCAAGAAGAUUAAGUGGCCCUGCUAAAAAAAGAGCCAGUGGAUAAGAUAAGCUUGUUUAUUAUAUAAAUAAUAAUUAACGACCAUUCAUGUCAUAGAUAUGCAAUAAUGUUUAACUAGUGCUAUAAAGAAGUCGUAAAAAAUAAAUAAUUCAAAGAAA